AUGACAACCCCAAAAGGCGAGCUCUGUUUCGUUUUCGAAGAACUUGAAAGGGGUGUUUUCAUCGUUUCCAAAUAUCUCGGCCUGUUUCCGAUCAAAUAUAAUUCGGGAAGUCCUUCCAUCGUUCUCAAACACGCCAUAGCUUCCGGCCUUUUGAGAUUGGCAGCCAUAGCUUACAUUAUUCUUAACGAAAGCCCACGAUCAAUAACUAUUUCAAAUGGGGCUCUUAGCAACAGUUACCGCUAUUUCACCUUUUAUAGCUCUCUAGUCUCAGCAUCUUUAAUUAAACCUGUAACUUUAUUACGCGUGGGCUACAAUCUAAAUAAACUUUCUAGAGCUGUGGAAACGAUCGGUAAGGUUGACGAUAUAAUUGGUAUCCCGAUGAAGAAAGAGCGAUGGGAAUUUAGUUUAAUCGUCAUCGUGAUAAUGGAGAUCGUAUCGUUCGUAUAUGAAGUGACAGUUUUCCCUGAUAUGUUAAUUAAGAGUCCCAGUUGCGUUUUGUUCUACUUACUUGCGCUUGACAUCUACGCAGUGGCGUCCCAGUUCACAACGUUAGUCUGUUUGGCCAAAACGAGGUUAGAAUUUCUCAGCGAAACAAUAAAUGAAUUGGUCGCUGAACGGUGGUGUCAAUGCCACGAGCUGCUUUGCUCCUUUAACAGAGACGUUAACUAUUGUUACAGUUUCCAGCUCGGCAAAAAAAUUCGAUGA